AUGUCUGAAUUCUCGUCGCUGACACACAAGUUCCGAGCCAACCUUGACAACCCAGGUGCGGGUGCAAGCAAAGUCAGCAAGCGCAAUCGCCAACCACUGUCAUGCGCACCCUGCAGAACGAAGAAGCUGAAAUGCGAUAGAGGCCAUCCGUGCGAGACGUGUAUGAAACGUGGUGACCCGACAAGUUGCUACUAUGGUAAGAACGCGUCAGCUUCCACAAAGCCUGAAUCCCAUGGCACGAAUUCCAAAGGCAAGGCUCAGGAGCGACUCCGUCACCUGGAGCAUCUGAUUCUGCAGAUGGUCGAUCAGAACGGCCAGAACGGUUCCCACUCGCAGCAGACCUCGGCCGACAGUGCAACAGAUUCGCUGGGGAAUCCUGUAGACUCUGAGCCUGCGGAGCCUGGUGCUACAGGACAUCUUCAAUUCGGGUCUACCGAAGCGAGAUAUGUUGGCUCGACGCAUUGGUCCGCCAUUUUAGACAACAUCCAAGAGAUCAAAGUGGCUCUAGGGACCGACAACGCUUCAAGCACCGAUCUCGAGGAUUCCGAAGACCCCGAAACCACCCAAGUCAUUAGCCUUUUCGCUUCUGCUGGUAAUCUUACUCUAGCUCAGAUUCUAGCCCAAGCCCUUCCCACGAGGCUACAGGUUGACCGGAGGCUUUCGACAUAUUUCAAGAGCCAGUAUCUUGUCAUGCAAUUCAUCCAUACCGGUCAAUUCCAGCGCCAAUACGAAGAAUUCUGGCGGCACCCCCUUGAGACUCCUCCGCUUUGGGUAUCGAUCCUCUUCUCCAUUUGUUGCAUGUCUGCCACGUUGAGCCAAGCGGUAGGCAGUGAGCAGCCGACGCCGGAGGAUCGACUCAGCCCGCGCAUGAGCUUCUUACACGCCUCGUGUGCCUGUCUAAAACUCGGCGGAUACGUACGACCCAAGAAGUGGAUCUUCGAGGCACUCGGCCUCUACGCACAGUGCCAGUACAUGGCUACCAUGGAUCCGUCCAAGGAAGUCGGGAUGGUCUUCUCCAUGCUCGUCCGCCUUGCAUAUCGCAGCGGCUACCACCGAGAUCCUUCACAUUUCCGGCACAUCAGUGUAUUUGACGGAGAAAUGCGACGACGCUGCUGGGCUAUGUGCCGGCAGUUUGACUUGAUGGUCGCUUUCCAACUUGGUCUACCCAGCCUCAUCCCUCCGGACAGCUGGGACACCCGCAGUCCUCGAAACCUGCUGGAUUCGGAUUUUGAUGAAGAUACAACCGUCCUGCCACCUUCACGUCCAGAGACCGAGCCCACCCAAAUUCUCUAUUUCAUCGUGAAAUCCCGCCUAAUGACCGCGUUUGGCAGGAUAUGCGCCCACGCUCUAUCCUUCCGAGACUGCUCGAGGCAAGAGAUCAUGGAUCUGGAUGCAGAAGUCCGCUCCGUGCACGCGACGGUCCCCGAAAUCCUGCGCAUCAAGCCACUGUCGCAAUCCUUUGCCGAUCCAAACUACCUCAUCAUGGUCCGUCUGAACUGCGAAUUCCUCUACCAAAAAUGCCUUCUUGUGCUGCACAGGAAAUACAUGACUCAAGGAGGCCACCCGGAGUCCUCCGAGGCAGCGAUCGCCGCAGCCACGACCAUUACCACGUACAUGCUCGACAUGUACAAGGAGUUCAAGCCCGGCGGGCAACUGCACACUGACCGCUGGAUGCUAAGCAGUUUCGUCAUGAACGACUUCUAUCUGGCUGCCAUGAUGCUGUGUCUGUCAGUGUCCAUGUGGAAGAAGACCAAUCCGGGAGAAACCGUCAGCGACGACGAACAGAUCAAGGCUCGAGUCGACCUCCUCGCCAACGCCUACGUGGUCUGCGAAGAGUCGAGCGCGAACAGUAUCGAGGCCAAGCGCAUCACGGGCGUUCUGAGCACCAUUCUAGGUGAGUACGUCUAUUCACCCAGUCGGCGCAAUAACGGCACGCAUAGCCCACCGUCAUCAUCACCCGCGCCCGUCACUUCCUCCGAAGCAAUCAUCGAAAGACGAGAGAUGUUCCGCCUCCAGCCCUCCGCCUUCUUCCCCAAUCCCUUCAGCUUCAAUCUCGCGCCCCUCACGCUUUCAGAUACCCCGGCGCCGGAGCCACCAGGAAAUAGCGGUGGUCGGGAUUCCUCGUUCAGGGAAGGAGCUCCGAACAGCGCCGCCAACAGGCAUGCGACUGUCAGUUACUUCGAUUCGCUCGCACACAUGGCAAACGAAAAUCCGGGUCACGACCAGGUGGAUAGCAUCAUGCCGUCGAAUCUGUUCGCGCCAUUUCUCCCCUUUAACCCCAACUACGGCUUCUCUCCCAGUCUGACGACGUCGGACGCGGUGACGAGUACGGCUUCAGAGGGAUUCCCGGCAUCGGCGCCUGCGAUGCAGACUCAGAAUGCCCUCCCCGGAGACGUUUCCAGCGAGGGCAUGAAUAUGAAUAUGAAUACGAACAUCGACAUCGACUGGGCCUUCCUGGACCAAUGGAUGGCAGUCCCCGCCGCAGGCCCCGACGCGGAUGCCGAGACGCUCAUGCAGCCGGUUCCAGUUCCGCUUGCCACCACCGACACGCAUCCCUUCCUGGAUAACGCAGCCAGCAACAACAACAAUAUCGACGCCGGCGCCGGCGCCGGCAACAUGGCGCCAGCGAGCGCUUCGUCCAACGGUGACUGGACGAGCACGCCGAUCCGCUUUCUGGGGACCAACUUCCUCCAAGUGAACGAGCAUGGCCGCCAUGGCUCCAGCCAGGCGCAGCGCACCGCCAGCACCGACGAGACCAGCAUGGACGUGAGUAUGGGCCACGCCAACGCCGACGCCAUGACGCCGGCCUCGUCCAGUGGGGCUUCUCACUCGAUGUCGACGGACCAAUACCCACUCUAUUGA